ACGACAGCGAAACAACAUUUCUGAAACUCCAACCUCACUCAAUCUCGGUAUUUCCGCCACCACAAAAAUAUUUCAUUUUAUCAGCCUUACUUCUCUCUCUUCUCUGCUGCCACCACAACCAAUCUCUCUUCCUCUCUCUCUAUCUCUCUGUCCUCUGUCUCUCUUCUCUGCUGCCACCACAACCAAUCUCUCUCUCUCUCUCUCUCUCUCUCUCUCUCUCUCUCUCAAUUGCAGAAACAAACCCUAAUCUCUCCCUUUGAUUCCUUCCCACCACAGUCCUUUUCAAAAAUCCCUGAUUUUCACGAUCUUUUCCUGCAAUUGGAUAUUACAAAUCUGUUGGACUGGAUUUUCCAGAUUCGAUUCUGGUUUCCUAGCAUUUGGAUUUGAAGGUUUGCAUGGAAAUGACUGAAGACUAUCGCUGGUUCAAAAUUUUGUUUUGAAAGAUUCUGCUAGCUUUGGGGAUAGUAAAGUGGGUGUGCAAAAGAUGAACACGUAUAUCGUUGGCUUUCUUGUUCCCCUUAUAUUUUCUCUAAUCUUCCGGAAUUCAAAAAAUGGAAGGAAACGGGGAUUGCCUGUUGAUGUUGGUGGAGAACCUGGGUAUGCAAUCCGAAACCAUCGUUUUACUUCCCCUGUGGAAACAGCAUGGGAAGGAAUCUCAACACUUGCAGAUCUCUUUGAGCAAGCAUGCAAGCAGCAUGCAUACAAGCGUUUACUCGGCACUCGGAAGCUGAUUUCAAGGGAAAUGGAAGUUGCUGAAGAUGGUAGGUCCUUUGAGAAGCUUCAUUUGGGAAACUAUGAAUGGCUUAGCUACGGUGAAGUUUUUGAAGCUGUGUGCAGCUUUGCAUCGGGUUUAGUGGAACUUGGUCAUAAAAGGGAAGAACGUGUUGCAAUCUUCUCUGAUACACGAGCAGAAUGGUUUAUUGCAUUACAGGGGUGCUUCAGACGAAAUAUCACAGUUGUCACCAUAUAUGCUUCACUGGGGGAGGAGGCUCUUUGUCACUCAUUAAAUGAGACGGAGGUCACAACUGUGAUUUGUGGACAGAAGGAAUUGAAAAAGCUCUUAGAAAUAAGUGGACAACUUGACACUGUGAAACGAGUAAUACACAUGGAAGAUGAGGGCAUCCCAACUGAUGCUUCUUUGGUUGGGAGGAACACUAGCUGGACAAUCGCCUCAUUUGUUGAGGUGGAAAAAAUGGGCCAAGAAAAUCCUACUGAUGCAGACUUGCCUGUAUCAGCUGAUAUUGCAGUAAUAAUGUAUACAAGCGGCAGUACCGGCUUGCCUAAGGGAGUAAUGAUGACUCAUGGCAAUGUCCUAGCUACGGUUUCUGCUGUCAUGACGAUUGUCCCGGUCCUUAGCAGCAAGGACACAUAUAUGGCAUAUCUGCCACUUGCUCAUAUUCUUGAGUUAGCUGCUGAGAAUGUAAUGAUUGCUGUUGGAAGUUCCAUAGGAUAUGGAUCUCCUUUGACUCUUACUGAUACAUCAAACAAGAUAAAAAGGGGAACUAAGGGUGAUGCAUCUAUAUUGGGGCCAACAUUGAUGACUGCCGUACCAGCUAUCCUCGAUCGGGUUCGAGAUGGUGUGAGAAAGAAGCUAGAUGCAACAGGUGGACUGUCAAAGAAACUGUUUGAUUUUGCAUAUAACCGUAGGUUGUCUGCACUCAACGGCAGUUGGUUUGGGGCGUGGGGCUUAGAGAAGAUUCUGUGGAACUUUCUCGUUUUUCGAAAGGUUCGAGCAAUUUUGGGAGGUCGCAUCCGUUUUCUGCUUUCUGGAGGUGCUCCUCUCUCUGGCGAUACACAGAGAUUCAUCAACAUAUGCCUUGGGGCUCCAAUCGGGCAAGGAUAUGGUCUAACUGAGACAUGUGCUGGUGGGACAUUUUCUGAGCAUGAUGAUACAACUGUUGGUCGUGUUGGUGCUCCACUUCCUUGCUCGUUUAUUAAGUUGAUUGAUUGGCCUGAAGGUGGAUAUCUAAAUAAGGAUACACCAAUGCCGCGAGGGGAAAUAGUUAUUGGCGGUCCAAAUGUUACAGUAGGAUAUUUCAAGAAUGAAGUAAAAACAAGUGAAGUAUAUAAGGUCGAUGAGAAAGGAAUGCGGUGGUUUUACACUGGUGACAUUGGGCGAUUUCACUCAGAUGGUUGCCUUGAAAUCAUUGACCGUAAAAAAGAUAUAGUCAAGCUUCAACAUGGGGAAUACGUUUCUCUUGGAAAGGUAGAGGCCGCUCUCAUUGUGAGCUCUUACGUUGACAAUAUCAUGCUACAUGCUGAUCCAUUUCACAGUUACUGUGUGGCUCUUGUGGUUCCUUCACCACACACCAUAGAAGAUUGGGCUAAUAAGCAAGGAAUUGCUUUUACUGACUUUCCAGAUUUGUGUCAGAAAGAAGAAACUGUAAAAGAAGUGCAUGGAUCACUUGUAAAGGCUGCAAAGAAUGCACGCUUGGAGAAGUUUGAGAUCCCGGCCAAGAUCAAAUUACUUCCUGAUGCGUGGACUCCCGAAACUGGUUUGGUAACUGCAGCUCUCAAGCUCAAGAGAGAAGUCAUUAGGAAGGCUUUCUCUGAAGAUCUUGCCAAGUUAUAUUCAUGAGAACCCGUGUAGUUAGAUUUCUUUAGUUAUCUUCAUGAUCUUUGUAGUGCAAAAUGAGGUUUGUUUCUUCACAAUUUUCUUUCAUUUAGUUUAGAUUAUAUCAGUCUUAUCACAGUCCAGAUUUUUGUUAUACCAUCAGAAUGCUGCUGAAUUUUAGUCUGUAAAUCGGGAUGAAAACCCUCACCUUCGGUUUGCAACCAAAGGUUUUUUUUUUUUUUAAUUAUUGUUUCUUUUUGAAAAUUGAAAAGCUUUUUUAAAGGCUA